GGGCGGGGCCGGUUGGUGGGCGGGGCCGCAGCGAUGGGCGGGGCGUGUCGAUAGGCGGCUCCGUGUUGAUUGGCGGGACAGCGGCGGUGGGCGGGGCGCGCCGAUGGGCGGGGCAGUGCUGAUUGGCGGAGCUUCGGCGGUGGGCGGAGACACGGCGGUGGGCGGGGCGCAGAGCGCAUCCCGGCGGGCGAGCGCCCUCUGGCGGGGCCGCGCCGUGAGCUCGCUCCCUGCAGAACGGGCGGGGAAGAGCGCAGGUUUUGGCCGUGGCACGGGCAGGCUGCGUAAAAUGGUGAGGGUUAGAACUCUAGAAUUUACCAUCGACGAUGAUGUUACCACGUGACUAGCGAAGCUCGAGCUUCGUGAAAAAUACCGCAAAGAGUGAGACGGACAGCUACAAGAGUGAAAAACCCUCGUACAAACGCCUUCUUGCCAACAGACAUCCUCUCCCGUUAAUGAAGUGAAAGAUCAUUUUAACACAAACAGCUGCUGGGGUACGAAGCAAGUUCCCACAGUCAGCUCUGUGCUGACACAAUGAGGCACUCACCCCUAGCGCAGGUCUGGAAAGAAAAAAAAAAGAAAAAAGGAAAAAUAAAUCGGCCUCCAUAUACAAUAGUUAUGGAAAAUAACAGCCCCCUCUCCCCUGAUGACACUAACAAGUGUGAUGCUGCUUACAAAUGGCAGCACUAACAGGGUAAGCAACACAAUUGCGAUCGAUGUCGUAGCAUUUUCCACCCAAGUAACAGAUUUGCCCUAUUCCAAAUUCAGCUUUCAGACUUUUUUUUUUUUUUUUUGCCUAUUUAUAGCGGUUCAUGUUUUAAAAUUAAUUUUUUCCUUUACUACAUCUGUUUUUAGUGGCUGAUUACUGUUUGUCGGACCAGGCGAGCCGUUGCCAGCUGGCUGCAGGCUUUUAUUGGCUCUGCUUGAAGGAGACUUGAUUUAGAGCUCACAGUUCUGGUACAAGGACGGCAGCCAUGUAAUGCAGCCCCUCAAGAAAAGAGAUAAUUAGGACUCAGAUGAAAAAAUGUGUCCAGUUCUUUGGACCAAAAUGCUCUUGUUUAAGGAAUGUAGUUGCUGCAUGCUAACAUUUAACAGCAAUCUCGCAGGGCUGGUACAUGCAAUCGGAUCUGGCCCUCUCUCAGAGAGCUGGAUGCUGCUUUCUCUCAAAAUACAGACAUGCCACCCUGUAGCAAGUACUAAGUAACUUGGUAACUAUAUUUCUGCAAGCAGGGCAGGAGUGGCAGAACAGAACAGAGUUGGAGAAAUGCUGAGGAGGCUCUGGUACAGUGUGGGGAGGAGAGGAACAAACGCGGCAGAGAACAGGAAGAGUGAUGUGCUGGGAAAUGAUUAAUCCACCCCAAUGGCCCUUGAAGAAGUGGUGGGACAAGUUCAGUGGUUUUUGGCAGCCACGAGUUGCUUCUGCUCCCCUCUCAGCCCCCUCCUUGCUCUUUUCAAGCAGACGUGCUCAAGCACAGCUUCCUCUUGCUGCUGCCCCAGACACCCUGUCCCUCCAGCAGCAUCCCUCGCCAUUUCCCCGCAGCUCUCUGGCAGCCCACCCCCUCCUCAGUGCAUGUUUUACAGCUGUCCCGUGUCCCUCCACCUCCAGUAAGUGUUUCUCAAGCAAGCGGGAACAAACAACCCAUGCUGGGGGAGGGGGGUGGGAGCCAAGUUUAAGAACUGCUGCUCUGUAUCCUGUUUUCCAACCAGGAUUGUUCCAGUUUCCUGCACUGUCUUAUCUAGAGCUGAAAAGCCAAAGCUCUCAUAUUUACUUGCUUUGUGCAUGCCUCAGCUUUCUAAUCUGUGAAGCAGAGACCUUGUGAGACUUAAGAGAAACACAUCCAGGACUAUUAGAGGGUGGAGGGACAGGAACGGCGUGGUUAAAGGGCUUCCAGUGUCCGUACAAUUAGGCUCUUUAUUCAGUUCUCCUGCUUGCAUAAGCCUGUGUAUGUCACAGAGAGUUUCAGACAGCCAUCCGCAUACCAUAAUGCUGCAUGGAGUUCAUGGAAAUGGAAAAGAGUAAAGCAUGGAUAUUUAUGUGUCAGGUGAUUCCGGAUAGCAACCUCACUACAGACUUGUUUUCAGAAAGGGCUGAAUAUUUUCCCCACUACAGCUCAAACCAGGCACAGGGAAGCCUUAAAUAGGAAGAAGCAUUUCAGUGCUUGGAGUCAGCACUAAGGGCUCCACUGAAACGCUGCAGACUUCUUUGAAACCUGAGCACGUUUUUUUGAAUACACAGAUAAAAUAAGCUUAUAUUGUGGUAACAUCUUGAAAGCUCACCAUGUGCAGGGCCACGAGAAAGCGAAACUUCUUGUUUGGUUGUUGUGUUUCCUUAAGUUUUUUUCUUCUAACGAGCGUGAAUUCACGCAACUAUAGGUUGUAUUAAUGCACUGAUUUCCCUAUGGGUUAAAAGCAAACAAACAUUCACCGUACAGCUUUGGAAUUUCCUGCUUUUCUGCAUGAAAGUGUGGGUUCUGCAUACAAACCCCAAGCUCUGAACCCCUUCCUCACCCAGAGCCUAUUUUUGUUGGAAGCAGGUAGUGCUGUAAACACUUUCUUUCUCUUUUUUCCCCCCCUUUUUGCUCAGUUCUAAUGGGAAAUUCAGCCUUCCUCCACUUUACAGGUCCUUUGGAGGUACUCUCAACUAAUGUAAAUAAGAGAGCAGGAGUGGGCUGAAGAAGUACCCUUAGCUGAUGGCCAGAGUUUUUAUUUGGACCUAAAUGUGAAGAGAAAACAGGCGUUUUUCAGUGAGACCAGGAAAAGGAAGACGUGUGCUUGGAGAUAAGGAGAGAUAAAAGCAUUCCAUUUAAGGGCUCCCAUGAUAGAAAUCAAGAUGAUCAUCUGCCAAGUCAGUAACUUUGUGGCCUUAUGACCACACAGAGCUUCCAUUUCUGGUGCCUUUUCCCACACUGUGUAAGUGCCAAAGCCACGCAUGGAAAUUCGUUUGCUCAAGCCGUCCUGCCCUUUGGGGAGAAGUUACACAUGCUGAGCUCGGAGAUAAAACUCUAACUUCCCAAAGAGCAAAGCAUCUCUCCCAGAGCUUAGCUCAGCUUUUUACAGGCAGAGGAAGGCCGAGGAGCAGGGCAGUGCAGGGAGCUGCCAAUUCCACUCCUUUUUUUUUUAAAGCAAGCAGAUUUUUGUUAGAACGUUCUUUUAAAAUCCUGGCUUCGCAUGUUCCACCAGCUCGCAUCUGCAAACAGCGCCGAUAAUUUUAGCCCAGAAUGCUUUGCUAUCAAUAGGAAGCCAUAAAAAGGAACACGUGGAUUGAUGCUAGCGUAAGAGCAGAAGGGCUUUCCAGAGCUUUGCUGACGUGCACCAAUUCACUCCAAGCCAGAGUGGUUCUGAUGCCUACUGUUCAUUCCUCACUGGGAAGUAAAACUGACAUGACAAGAGAGAUCGACCUGUGCUUCUCUUGCUGAAAGGGACAUUUAGUGCCGUGACCUGAUCUCAGAGAGAGCUUUGCUUGUGUUGCUUCACUUCUAACUUGUUUCUUUUUCUCUUAGGCUUGUGCUCUGCCUAAUUAGGAAAAAGAAAAACCCGUUAAUUGUUCUACAGGUAUUUGUCAGCGUGGUGAUUACCUCUGCCUGGUUCAAGACAGCCUCCCUCACGCUGGGAAGCCCACACCACUUUGACGGCCUUUUGUUUUCCUUCCCCUCAGAACAAUUGCACUUUUGCCUCAACAUUUUGCAUGGCUUACUCACUCGGGGCCCUGCAUUCAGCAAAGCACGUUUUGCUUUGGCAUCAGCAGACUGAAGUAUUCAUUUGAAAUUCAGAGUGUGCCUAAGUGCUGUGCCAGCUUGAGCCGCGGAGCUGGGCUGCUGUGCGGCCCUGGAGCGUGCUGCUUUCUGGAAGUUCUGAAUCGACAGAGAGAGGCUUGUGUAAACACACUUCCAGGAGCUCUUCAGCGCAGGAAUUUGGCCAAGCAAACGCUUUCCCAAUCCCUGGGUUUUGUUUGUCACGGCACAGGGGCUGCCCCCACCACGUGGCUCCUUGCAGCACACGAUGCAUUGGGGCUGGCGGCCACGCUCCUUCCUCCUGGCUGCUGGGCCUCGUCCUGGCCUGCCCUGGCUGGGGGAGUGCAGCAGGGAGCGGGCCGGGUGCUGAGGGCACAGUGGAGGCUCGGAUGCUGGCACACAAAGGGUUAGCUGCAGUAUGACUGUGCACCUACAGUCUUUCCCUCCGUUUAACUAACACGCUGGUGAAAUAAAUCCCCGCAGACAAACAGCAUGUUCACAGCUUACAAAGCAGCCCUACAUCUGUCAGCUGAGAUGGGCUUCUUCCAUCUUCUGCAGCUGGCUCAGAAAAGCAGCUCACGGAACUGGCAACCGGCCCUGGAGGCUCAAGCUCACAGCCUGCAGGGCCAGGGCUGCUCCCACAGCCAGCUCGGACAGGAUUCCAGUGUCCAGUGUUUUCAGUCGGGCAUCUUUUGCCACCACUUAAUGUAAAACUUUUAAUUAAUAACAGGCUGAGAUGCCUGGAGUGAAGGCUGCCAUUGUGAAUUCGUGCAGCAUCAGUCACACAGGGCAUCGUGAGGCUUCUUGGCUGCGUUGCAAUAUCUGUGCUGACAGCAAGGUGUGUGACCAAUUACACAGGAAUUGCAGCGUCCUUCCAGGCUAUUACACAGAAAUUCUCAAAACAGAUAGGAGAAUUGCAGAGCAAAUCUUAAGACAAUGAGUUACACAUGCAAAGAAUUCUUCCCUUGGAUCACAACCUCUUUGUAGUAAAUGAAAUUUCAGAGAAUGCCAGAAUCUGAACUAGCUUCACUAUUUCUGCUACUUAUGUUUCUGCAGUUCACUCAGGUUGGAGAACUUCAGAUUGCUACCCACAGCCAGCGCUGGAAGGAACACCUCCCUAGCCUAGCUCUUGAAAUUCUGUUGUCAAUAUUUAUAUUUUGCUCCAGUUUUGUUUGGUACACGGUAUAGGCAAAUGCUCCAAAUAUUUACAUAAGCCAGGCUUUCUGUGUAUAGUUCUUUUGAACUAAGUGGGAUUGCUCACCUUCGUGAAGAUAUGCAUUCUAUGGUAGCAUUUAUUUUGGGCCAAACAUUGGAAAAAACUAGUGGCAUCUGCUAGCCAGAAAUUUUACAGAUGUCUAUCAAAAUCUGUCUUCUCUCUCUAAAUACACACAUAUACGACGGCUAUUUUAGGUUCUGAGAGAAAAAGAAAGGAUAUCCAACUGAACUCCACACAAAAGAACGCCCGGGAAGAUAAGAAACAGCAGCAUGUUUGAGAGCGUCACCGACGAAGGGUGCAGCCAUGUCAGCUCGCUUUGCAAGGAUCUCUCCAACCUUGUCACCUGGGCACACACUCAUGGGACGAUAUGCAUUCAUAUCCCGGCCUUGGAAACUGUGCAGAACGCGGGUCAACCCAGCAAGGACAAUUCUGUUCUGUGGAUUUGUGGAGUUGGACACGCCUAUCACUGGACAUGUGAAGAUUUACACUUGGGAAGCAAAGAAGAGAACGAGGCUGCAGAAAAGAGAAAGAGGCAAAUUUCCUUUGGUGCUCCAUCACGAGGUGCUGCUUCAGGUGAAAAGAGGAUCAGGAUAGCCUCGUCUUUUGAGAGGGCUAGGAGAGACACCGCUGCCACAGGACCACGUGGCACAUCCGCAGGGGGCUCUCAGCAAAAAGAUACAGUCUGCGUGAUGCUUAAUGAGCCAUCAGCCAGAGAAAACAGGAGAGAGAGCAAAUCCAUGCAACCGUGCCCUGCAGCAGAGCAGGAUUUGUCAAUAUCCAGAGGAGAAAUCAGAGCAGACCUACACGUGCUGAAGCUGGAAAGCAACGAAGAUCUACACAUCAUCUCUGAUGAUGAGCAGUACGUACUGGAUGCAGGAAACCAAGGAGAGAGAAUCAACCAGAAUAUUCUUUCACAGGCACCACCCAAAGAUGUAACUGCUGAGGGAGAUUUGCAAAUAUAUCAUGACCAGGAGGCAGAAAUUAACAUGCAGACAGCCACCUCUGCCUCUGGCUUUACCCCCACGAAAAUGCCUCCCCCAACUCUUUGCUGUAUCCUAAAAUCUCCUGGAAGUGAUCGAAAGAUCCUGGAAAAUGGCUUCUUGAGUCUAGUUCCCCUCAACCCCGCAGAGUUCAUAAAUGAAAUGAAUUCCACUGGCUCAGCAACACCAAAAGAAGAUUUAGAAUUGAUUCCUGUCUCCAACACGGAAGCGAAAGCCCAGCCAGAGCCACCUGUCCCCAUGAUGUUCUUUGAGCUUGAAGCCACAGUAGAUGUCCAGCAGCAAAUCCACCUGAGCUCUUCUGAGUGCAGUGUCUCGGGAACAGAUUCGAAUGGGAAUGCCACCGAGAACCCUACGGAGGAGAGCAGGCUGUCAGGAUCCGAGCACGCACCUCAUCCUUCAGCCUCACUGAGCCCAGAAAGCAGGAAUUUGGAGCAACCACCUAAACCUUCAAAAAACAAUGCGCUGAGCAAGAGAAACCGUAGUGCUGCCAACAUCAAAGUUUUCACAGAGUGGUUGGAUGUGAAUUGCCCUUCUGAAACACGUGAGAUCCAUAAGCUGCCGCCCAAAGACCUCGAUAACUACCUGGCCUCGUUCUACACUUCUGCGAAGAAACAGAACGGCACAGAUUUCUCCACUGGGUCUUUGCAGUUCUUUCAGAGCAGCAUAGACAGGUACCUCAAGAAUAACAAUUACGAGUACAGCGUGGUUAAAGGAUUUGAAUUCAGAGCGUCUCAGGAAGCCUUGAAACAGAAGUAUCAGCAUCUGUCUCAAAGAGAGAGAAAGGAAGAGUGGACUCUCUUGGAGAACCUGACAGAUGAGAACGUGGAUUGUCUCCGUAAGAAGGGGCUGCUAAGUCAGACCAACCCGCAGGGCUUUCUGUACCUGAUGUUUGUCAAUAUCAUCAGGGGGUUUGGGGCAAUCACACACAGCCAGGGCCAGAAUCUGUACUGGGGGCAGCUGGUGCUCAGAAGGGACGAGGCAGGGCUGGAGUACCUGGAGUGGAAGCACGACCUCAACGCAGGGGGAGCUGCGGGGGAAUCGGUUCCGCAUCUCUUUGCCAGACGCAACAAUCCCGAUAAGUGCCCGGUCCAAGAUUACAAGAAGUACGCAGAGAAGAGGCCGGGCGAUAUGCUUCAUGAUUACGACCCGCUUUAUCUCUCUCCCAGACACAUGUGCUCCAUGUGGGACCAAGUGUGGUACAGUAGGAAAUCACUGACAAAAGCCAAAAUUGAAAAGAUGCUGAAAGCCGUCCUCCAGCAAGUCAAAGCAUCCGAAAAGAAGCCCAGGAAAUAAAGACAUCCGCUUCAUUGCCACCUGCCAGGUUUGGGAAGGAGUGUGUUCUGAAGCUGCAUUUGAGGAGUGUUCGUAGCAACGUUUAGUGAAGGUUGAACAUCUGCCUCUUCCGUGUCAGCUCAGAACACGAGGCCUGCAGGUUUGCACUGCUUUGGUUUUCAGGUGAGGCGAGAAUCUCCUGUUAUCCCGUUAACGGCUCUGACAAUUCAACAAGUUAAAAAAGAGGGCUUUGUUUUUCACGUUUGUAAAAGCAAAGUUGAAAUAUGUUACAACUUACAGUGUUACUAGUGAUAGGAUAGAACAGCUGGCAUUAACUGGGAGGGGCGAGGCGGCUGGCUAAUGAGUGCACCUGUUAAUAGCCCUUAAUUGGGGAGUUUGUGCUUGCAAACUGCAUUCAGUCUUCAGCACAGCAGUGCAUCAUCACACAACAAAUAACACGAAUCCUGGGGUGGAAGAAUGAUGAAACCCCACGUUUGCCAGCCAGCUGCUAAUCCAUAGCUCCCAGGAAUGCUUUCAACAAGGUUCAUGCUGUUUUUCCUAGGGAAAGAUUCAUAGAUUUUACAAGUUCUGACUAAUUUUUUUCUUUUUCCAAAGUGACUUCAAGCAUCUGUCAGUGUUGAGAAGUUUGAUGGUGUUUUCCCUUGGGUGCUAACCAUAGAUAGGUGAGCAGGCUUUGGUAGACACAGCUGACUUCUUCCCCAGCUGCUCAGUCCAUCCAUUCUCUUCCAGUCCACUCAAGCUGUUGGACUGAACUGUUGUCGCAUUCAAAUAAAACAGCUUUGCCUGA